AUGGUUGUUCCAUCUCCCGAGUCGUCAAAUCUGUUGGUACCUUUUCCUCCUGGCUCUGGCGGAGACUACCAUGAUGGACCUCUUCUCAAUGUCCAUGAUCCUACUGUUCCAAUCCACCAUGGUAAAGGUCCUAUUCCUCGUGACGCUCAGACUGCCAGCAUCCUGCCUUUUGCUUUUAGCCUCGGUGACUACCAGGAUGAGCCUGACUCUCAGGUUGCUGCUCGUGAUGGCGAAGGCCAUGAGCCCUACCUCAAUGUCCAUGGCCCAACUAUUCCCAUUCUCCCUGAGGAUGUAGACGUUACUGUUAACUUGACUCCUCGUGACGAAGAGGGCAAAGAGCUCGACACAUCCAAGUUCGAUGGUCACUGCAGGGUAAACGGGGAUUGCAAUGUUGGUUCUUUCUGUAUUGCGAACUGGUGCACUGCCGCCCUUGAACUGGAUGAUGGCACCCUCGUCCUUCCCCCUCGUGAUCUUGUCGGAGAAGAUUUUGAGCACUUAACGGUUGGUAAUGUGUUCCGAGAUGGAAUGGAAUGGAUGGGGUCAUUGCUUGUACGAAAAUAUCAGGUGUCUGGUGUCUAUGAGCCGCCGUCGAUCCAGUCGGUGACAAUGCGUGGCAACGGUGGUGCGAGACGGCCGAGCUACAUUCCUACUAUCAGCAACCUUGCCAGAGUAUUCUCUCGAGGUGCCAUCUUGAUAGGCAAAAGACAGGAGAUGGGUUUAUGCUUUUAUAACAAUCUAACGCUGGUUUCCGAGGAGGCCGCGCUGCUACGUCCGAUUCACGCCUUGCAAAGAGCUAAAAGUGGGCAGCGCAGCUACCCGUAG